AUGAGGAAAAGAAUACAUAGUUAUCAAUUACCUCGACUUAAUAAGAUAAAUCGAUCCAAUACCUUUGACCAACAUGAGACAAUCAAAAGAAACAAUAGUUGCUUCAUCCUUCAACUUAACAAAAGAUCAUAGUUGCUGAUGUCCUUUUUUAAGGAUCCAAAAAAUGAUCACCUCCCUUAACUUUUUAAUAUUCCCGUAACUAACUAUGAUUAAGUAGGAUGACAUAGAUUUAAAUGAGAUUCAGGCAAACAUUCAUUUAGAGUAUAUAGCAAUAAUUCUAUGCUAUCUGAUCAAACAUGAUUUAACUGUUUCCUUGCUGUAUGGUUACAAAUGUAAGUUUAUCAAAACCACUCUGAUGCAUCAUCAAAUGUGGAUGAAAUAUAUUAAGCUAAGAGAAGAGCCCUUAUAGAAACUCCUAUAACUUUAGUCCUCUCUAGAUUCAAUUACAUCGAUUAUCAUACAACAGUAUGCUUUUAUCUAUCAUUUUCCAGUCACAUCGAUGACUCCCAUCUGAGGAUUCACAUGCUAGAAUAUUUUAAAUUGAAGCUUCAUCAAAGCAACCUUGCUGUGUAUUCCAAAAUUAUUAUCAAUAAAAUUAUACCCCUUUUACAAACCCCUAAUUUACUUGGUAAUCAUAUACCCAUCAACCUGGAAGCCUAUACUCUUGUCUUAGAUAUGGAUGAGACCUUGAUUUAUUAUGAUGGCGACAAAGUAUAUUAGCGCCCAUUCUUAUAAACCUUCUUAAAGCAAAUGAGUCGGAUAUAUGAACUAAUUUUAUUCACUGCAGGAUUAGAAUCUUAUGCACAUAGAAUUUUGAAUAAACUUACUAUGAAACAAUACUUUUCUUAUUUUCUUUUUCGAUAACAUACCAAUAUUUAUAAAGACUUCUAUGGAAAAGACCUUAGAAAGCUAGGAAGACUUUUGUCGAAAACAAUUAUUAUUGACAAUACUCCUGAUUGUUUUAGUUUGCAACCAGAAAAUGGAAUCCAGAUUCAGACUUGGAAAGGGGAUUUAUCAGAUGCAGUUCUCUUAACCUUAAUUCCUAUCUUGAAAGCUAUAAGAUUUAGCAAUAAGGAUGUCAGAGUGAAAUUAAGAGAAUACAAGAAUUACCCAGGCUUAAUUUUCCCUAAAUGA